AUAGAAUAGGUAACAAGUAAAGAAGGAAACAAGGAGAAAUGCAGAAAAGGAAAUCUUCCUGAAAUGCAAACAAAUCAUCUCCAUUUCCCUAAACCCCAACCCAAAGCCUAAAGCCACAUCUUCUUUCUAUUUCUCAUUCAUUUCUAAAUAAAUAUAAACACUCUUCUCCUCUCCCCAUCAUGUAAUUCAUCGUCUCUUCUCUUCCUCUCACUAAAUUUUCCUUUUUCUUCUCUUCAAUUCAAAAAUGGAGGAGGAAUUGCAGAAGCGUAACACUGAUUGCGUCUAUUUCUUGGCCUCUCCUCUCACAUGCAAGAAGGGAAUGGAUUGUGAGUACCGGCACAAUGAAAUUGCAAGGCUUAACCCUAGAGAUUGCUGGUACUGGUUGGCUGGAAACUGUCUUAAUCCAACCUGUGGUUUUAGACAUCCUCCAUUAGAAAAGCAUGCUGAAGCACCAUCAGAAUCUGCAUCAUCAUCUCCACCUGCAAAAAAAACCAAUGUCCCUUGUUAUUUUUAUUAUAGCGGUUUCUGCAAUAAAGGUGACAGAUGCUCUUUUAUGCAUGACCCUGAUGCCAGUACACCUACUGGGAAAUCUGUCAAUACCUUACUGGCAAAGGAGGGCACUCCCUUGGAUAACAAGACAUCCGUAGGAAAUGAUAUUGUGUCUGCACCAACUGAAGCACAUGCUAAUCCAUCUGAAACAGCUCCUAAGGCAGUAAUGGGUUUGAAGUUGCAGCCUAAAGAGGAUGUUCAGCUUCCAGCUCCCAAAAAUGCUGUAGUGGAAAGUUCCUUUCCAGAGAUUGCUGUGACACACUGUGAAGAAGCUGUUAGUUUUAAGUCAGAUUUCUUGCUUCAAGCAAACAGCUUUAUUAGAAGCAGAUCUCACAUUAGCACAGAUCAGAGUUCAGAAGAGCAAGUGGAUGACCAUGUUGAACCAGAGGAGCGGUGGGAAUCAUCCCCUGGUUUUGAUGUUCUUGUGGAUGACAAAUCAGAAAAUUUGGGUUACAAGGAUGAUCAGGAAUAUUUACUGGCCCUUGACAGGGAACACAGGGAGCUAAAUAACCAUUUCCUGGGGUAUCAAUUUGAUGACCUAGAGUAUGACCUGACAUACUGUGAUGCAGAUGCUAUGUAUAAUCAAGAGAUUUAUGAUUCUUUUGAUUGUACGGAUAAUGUGCACCUCAUUGAUGAUGUUGGAAACUGCUCUGGCUGCUCAAGUGGUCAAAUGUUGGAUUCUCCAUUGCUCCGGAAGAGAAAACUCUUGCCAAUGGAACUGCCAAUCAAUGGCCAGAGAGUUGUGGAUCUUCGAGACUGCUUGAGGAAACGCAGGGUAAUUGAUGGCCAUCCAGUGAUUCGACCAUCAAGAAGGCAUGACUCUUCUCGUCUGCAUGAUCGAAGUCGGGAAAGGCCUCGAAGACCUAGUUUGAGUCAGCGGCUGCAUGGAAGGCUGGCAUCAGAGGUGGGAAAGAAUACUAUUGGGUCACUUGGAGAUAAUGGAAUUAUGUUAAAUGGUACUAACCCGCGUGGCUGGCAUAGGCACUCACGGUUGAGCAAGUCCAGAUUGCGAAACAAGGAAAACAAGCUGGCUAAAAGGCAGUUUCUUUCAUCUGAAAUGCCAAGUAAACCGGUUCCCAGGGAGAGGAAAUAUACUCAGUCAUCCGCUGAGUUUACUGGACCGAAGUCCCUUGCUCAGAUUAAAGAAGAGAAGAAAAAAGCUGAAGAAAAUGGAGAAUACACCGGAAAAACUGGUUAUUCAAGCAGAAUGGUGUCAGCUGACUUUGAGGGUCCUAAACCUCUGAGUGAAAUCCUCAAAUACAAGAGGAAGAUGGGUAUUGUGGAAGGGUUUGAUAGUAUCACAGAUGACUAUGAGGUGAUGCCAUGCAGGCUGAAAAGAACCAAGAAUAUUUAGUACAAGUACUAAUUUUGUACAAGAUAAUGAAGAUAAAAAUCUAGUUGGACAGAAUGUUACAGCAUAUUCCCAAUACUUGAAUGGCUUGGAUCCUGCUACAUAGCAUCGUUGGAUGAAGAAAUAAUUUUUUUUUUCAAUGGAUUGGAUCAUGCUAUGGACCAUCAAUGGAUGAAGAAUAUUUUUUUCAUUCCCGUUGCUAGAAGACAUUGAGAUGAAGCUUUAUGGCCACCUAAUUAGGAUCGUUUUCAUGAUCUCUACCAAUAUGCUGGUUACUGAACACAAAUAUUAACCUUGAGCAUGCUGGUUUCUACUCGUACAUUUUGAAUAAUUUGAUUACUUCAUCAUCGAUUAUGGGCUUGUCCCCAUCUUUUGUAUAGAGCUGCCCAUAAAAUACUUGAUCAGUGAAUUGGCACUGAAAAUUCCAUCAUCCUGCUUUUUUUUGUUAUGUGUCAAUUAAACUUUGAAUAUCAAUUCAUUUUAUGGCCCUACUCCUUUGGCUUC